GCUGACGUUUACAAUCACCAUGGAAACGAUGGGCUCGGACGAGGCUACGGCGACUCCGACAAUCACAGAGGAGAACAAGCUGCUUAUUGAAAAUGUGGAGGAGUUAAAGCUCUCUAAUGGAUUCCUUCGGGAAGAGCACGCGAUGCUGGAGGCAUUCAUCCGCCGCCAGGGGCCACAGGAGACAGCUCCCCAUGGGCCUCACGAGAUGGCUCCCCAGCCCCCAGGGGACCCAGCUAUGGCUGAAGGCUCCCCUCAGCCUGCCAGGCACUUGGACUUGCGGCAGAAAAUAUACAUCGCCCAGAAGGAGAUGGAGGAGACUAAGAGAGACAUCAAGGAAGCCCAACGACGCAAUGAAAUCGACAAGGCUGUCAUGGAGGAAGCGGAGCUGCGUCUCUCCGAGAUCCGGAGGCAGAAGUUUGAAUUUGAGCGCGACGUGGUGAAACCUCUGGAAGAGAACAAAGGCCAGAUGGACAUGGAGAAGGUCCUGGGCUACAUCGAGGACGGCAUCAAGAGGAAGGAAGCACAGGUGGAAAAGCAUUGUUUGAAAAACAAGUCGAAGGUCCGAGGACGCAAGCCCCAACUUAAGCUCCAACAGGAUCAGGACAUGGAUGAGGACCUGAAAGAGGUCAACAUGGCGCUGCUGAAGAUCAAGAACAGUCAACACAAGGAGAAGACUGCCGAGUGUAAGAGGGAACUACUGAUACCCAAGCAGCGGGCCUUUACCGCACAGAGGAACCUCAGCUCAUACAAGAACAAGCUGCAGAAUGCAACACUUGAGUCAGAGGAGCUAAGCCGCGACAUCACCAAGAGGCAAGAGACACUCGCGAAGAUCGAGGAAGAGACUCAACGGGUCGAGAAGGAAUGUGCCAAGGAAAAGGCCCUCUGUGAGAGGCUGCGUUUCCAGCUGGACGACUGCAGCGUGCCCGAUGUCAUGGAAUACAUCCAGGUCAAGGACCGGCACAAGAGACUGCAGCGCACCUUCCACGUAUGGGAGAGGAAGGUGGAGCUCUCUGAGAGGGCGUUGAGGAGCUACACCAAGGCCUGGAAGAGAGAGAAAGCAGACGUUGCCAGUGUAGACCACACAGAGGCUAGGGCCAGUCCCGGGCACCCCAUGGCUGUUUUGAGGCUCCCCAAAAUAAACUAACCCAGAUGUUGGACACUAUGGCCGACACAAUAUAUAGGUGUUGAUGUUUAUUGAAUGCAAUUCAUUAAACAAAACAAGUUACAUCCAGUAUAUGUACAUGCAGUUGACACUUCGUGCCCUCCAUGAAAUGUUCGAUCCACUUUUGUGCCUUCAUUUGCAAAAAACCGAGGACAAUUCGUCUUGAGAUAUCGACUUGCAGCCAAUGAUGCAGUUCAUACUUGAUUAUUCUGAUUCUGAAGGCUGACAGAGGCUAGGGGCAGUCCUGGGCACCCCAUGGCUGUUUGAGGCUCCCCAAAAUAAACUAACUCAGACGUUGGACACUAUGGCCGACACAAUAUA